AUGGCCACUCCAGCACGCACGUUCACGGAUUUAGUCCUAUCGCAGCGGUGCCAUCCUUCGUCGUCGGGCAAGGUGACGCUGCCCGUUAGUGGAAGGGACCUGACCAUCGCCGACGUAGUGGCAGUCUCGAGACACCUAGCACCGGUGGAGCUCACUCCGGCGUCCAUCGACGCCAUCGAAGCGUGCAGCAAAAUCAUCCCGAAGAAGAUCGCCCAGGGCGAAGUCAUCUACGGCGUCAACACGGGGUUCGGCGGCAGCGCCGACGCAAGAUCCAACGACGUUGAGAGGGUCCAGCAGAGCCUGAUUAGCCACCUGACGUGCGGAAUCGUCUCGGACGGCAAGCAGGAGCUGGCUCUGAAUAGCAACGGGUACUCAAGACAAAGCAAUGGGCAUUCAAGCCAAAGCAAUGGCCAUUCGAGCCAAAGCAACGGCAAGGCCCACCCCGGCAAUGGCAAAUUGAAUGGACAACACCGCGCCUCGGUUCGAGGUUCGCUUCCGCUUAAUGACCCGCUCGCCGCUACCUGCAUGCCUGAGUCGUGGGUGAGGGCGUCCAUGCUUAUCCGCCUGAACACCCUAGCCGGCGGUGCGUCGGGCAUCCGGAUCGAGAUUGCGGAAUCUCUGAUGGACCUUCUCAACAAGGACGUCGUGCCGCGUAUCCCCGUCCGUGGGAGCAUCUCAGCUUCGGGGGACCUCAGCGCGCUCGCGUGGAUCGGCGCCCUGAUGCAAGGCAAGACGUCCGCUACGGCCUUUAGCGGCCCGCGAGACGCCGAGGGAGCCAGAAGAGUGACGAGGGCCGACGUCGCCCUGUCGGAAGCUGGCAUAGCGCCCAUCAGCCUGCACGCCAAGGAGGGCCUCGCCAUCGUCAACGGCACGGCCGUGUCGGCCGGGGUGGCAGCUCUUGCCGCGCACGAGUCCCUCCAUCUCGCGGCGCUUUCGCAGGUGCUGACGGCCAUGAGCGUGGAGGCGCUACGGGGCAGCGACGAGAGCUUCGAGCCCUUCAUUGCGCGGGUGCGGCCGCACCCCGGGCAGGUGGACAGCGCGCGGAAUAUCAAGGCGUUCCUGACCGGGUCACGGCUGCUCAACCGGCACGACAGCCGAAACGUGGCGACGCUGCGACAAGAUCGCUACUCGCUGCGCACGGCCAGCCAGUGGAUCGGCCCCGUGCUGGAGGACUUUGGCUUGGCGUACGACCAGCUGACGAUCGAGCUCAACUCGGUGACGGACAACCCGCUGGUCGACACGGAGACGGGCCGCGUGCUCCACGGCGGCAACUUUCAGGCGCGCGCCGUCACGUCGGCGGCCGAGAAGCUGCGCCAGGGCCUCCAGAGUAUCGGCCGCAUGCUCUUCACCCAAUGCACCGAGAUGAUAAACCCGGCUACCAGCUGGGGCCUGCCUCCCAAUCUGUGCUCCGACGACGCCAACGACUCGUUCCUGUUCAAGGGGCUUGAUGUCGUCAUUGCCGCACUGACUUCGGAGCUGGGCUUCCUGGCCAACCCCGUCGGUUCGCACGUCCAGACGGCCGAGAUGGGCAACCAGGCCCUCAACUCCCUGGCGCUCGUGUCGGCCCGGUACACGCUCGAGGCCGUGGACGUGCUGUCCCAGAUCGCCUCGGCGCACCUUCUGGCGGUGUGUCAAGCCCUCGACUUGCGCAGCAUAGAGAUCGAGGGCCGGAAGGACGACACCCAGCCUGACGCGACGCCGUACAUCGGCCAGGCCUCGCGACGCAUGUACCACUUCAUUCGGAAGGAUCUGGGCAUCCUGUUCCUGGGCGAGGCGCACCUGGCUUCCACUGAGGCCGCGACAUCGGACGGUGUCACUCCGAGCAUGGGGCUUUACAACACGCGGGUCUACGAGUCCAUCAGGUCGGGACGCUUGUACAAUGUCGUUCUGGACAUUUUUCAAGGAGUGGAGGCGCAACGAACUACGAAUGGAAAACACAUAUAA